UGGUUGAGAUGGCGCUCCUUUUCAGUACGCCUGUAAAAGAAGGCAGCAGAUGAUCUAUCUUUCUCAAUCUUGCAAAACGGCAAAUUCCCAAUCUGGCAAAAGGGAACUGAUUUUGCGCGCUGGCGAUGUGCUGACGCAACAAAACAAAGCCGGGAGGAAUCGGGUGGUUUUCUCUGUGAGCGAGGGGUUAAAGGACACUGAGUUAGAAUACCUAGCGAGGCCCAGAGAUUUGAGAACUAGUAGGGAAGCUUGCGAAAAAUGAAGCCACCUUUCUGAUCUGUUUUCCUCCACCGUUCUUUCCUAUUAGGAAACUUUCCUUUUUGGAUUGUUCACCCGUGGAGGAGCUGAGACGCUCCUGCAAAUUCCCAUCUUGUGCAAUGCAAAAGCUGCAAGGAACAGGAGUAAAAAUGGAGGACCAGGGUCUGAAUCAAGAAAGAGACAGGAAGCAGGAGUUUCCAACAGGGACAACUUUGCAACAAGUUAAGCAAGAACCGGAGGAAGGUCUGCAGCAGGGCUGGGAAGCCCAAUGGCAGGACUUCCUGAGAACCAUGCAGGCCACACAGUCACCCUGGAAAAACCCACUGGUGCCUCAGUUCCAGUCAAUGGAAGACAGUAUCCAAGCCCCUUGCAAGACAGUAGUUAAUGCCAGCCGGUGGCUUAGAGAAGAGGGUGUGACCCAAACCCUGCCAGAUCUUAGUGGAGAAACCCAUAACAGCCAGGAUGCUGGUGUGAAAGUGAAGGAAGAGAUUCUGGAUGAGGAAGACACUGUCCACUUGGAGAUACGAUGCCAACAUUUCAGGCAGUUCUGCUACCAAGAAGCCGAGGGGCCUCAGGGUGUUUGCAACAAGCUCCAGGAACUUUGCCAUCAAUGGCUGAAGCCAGAGACACACACCAAAGAGCAGAUAUUGGAGCUGGUCAUCCUAGAGCAGUUCCUAACCAUCCUGCCCCAGGAAAUGCAGAGUUGUGUCAGGGAGCAUAAUCCGGAGAACUGUAUCCAGGCAGUGGCCCUAGCAGAGAGUUUUUUGCUGAAGCUUCAAGAGACAGAGAGUCUGAAACGAAAGAUACCAGAGCUUUCGGAAGAAGUACACAAGUCAGAGCGGGAUCCAUCAGACACCAUGGAGGUGCAUCUCUUCCUAGAGGCCAAGGAGGAAGGUAAUGAAGAGGCCCCCUUUGUGGGUGAUGGACCAGAGAGGGCAAAGUUGGAGAGUAUGCUGGAAAGACCUAACCAUGUGAAUGCUGGUGGAACACCCUUGAACAGAACUGAAGGGACCUUUUUCCAGGAUCCUGGAGAGAAAGAGAUGUCUGGAAAUCAGCAGGGACCAGAACAGCACCCAGACAGCCCUUGGGGAAAACCAGCAGAAAAAAACAUUAGUUGCAAGGAACAUGAUGGAGAUUUAAAUGAAAACACUUUCCAAGAGAGAGUCCAGAGACAUAAGAAAGAAAAGACAGCCCUUAACAGUGGGAAAAGCUUCACUCGGAACUUCAACCUGUUUGAUCACAAGAAAAUGGAAAAGGGAGAAAAACCGUUCAAAUGCUCAUAUUGUGGGAAAAUCUCCAAUGGAAGAACCAACCUUAUGAUACACGAGAGAACCCACACGGGAGAGAAACCAUAUGAAUGCUCCGAGUGCGGGAAGAGCUUCAGCACUAGCUCGAACCUUAUAAAUCAUAAACGAGUGCAUACAGGCGAGAAACCAUAUAAAUGCUCUGAUUGCGGGCAACACUUUAGCCAUAAUGCCUCCUUGAUAAGACACAGGAGAACCCACACUGGAGAGAAACCAUAUAAGUGCUCAGACUGUGGGAAAAGUUUCAUUCAGAAAGGAGAACUGAUUGCCCACAAGAGAACCCACACUGGAGAGAAACCAUACGAAUGCCCCGAGUGUGGGAGAAGCUUCAGCACCAGCUCUCACUUGAUAAGGCAUAAGAGAGUACAUAUAGUUGCAAAACCACGUAACUGCUCAGGCUGUGGGAAAGGCUUCCAUAGGAAAUCAAGCCUAGGAAAGGCACAAGGCAAUAUAUGUUGAUGAGAAACAAUGAAAGGGCAGAGACUGUGGGUGGAGAAUAUUUUAGAGUCCACAUCUUGUAGAGGGCCUGCUAUGGCGAAGAGGAAUCCAUGCAAAUGUGGCCACUGCUUCAGUAAUUAGCUCAGCACUUACAGUUCAUGGAGGGAGGGAAACACAUAAACUUAUUCAAACAUAAUGUUCCUGUUCCUCUUCUAUAGUUUAGAAAUCAGCAGUAUGCAGUGGACAAGUGUUCUCUCCUCCUUCUCCGGUGUUGCACAAUAAUUCCCCCUUCUCUUCCCUUUUUGUAACUCACUAUAGCCCUAUUUAGGGAUGUGCGAACCGGUUCGAAUUCAAACCAGGGUGGUUCGAAUUCGAACUGAACCAACCAUCAGGUUCGAGCUGCAGGUUCGAAUUUGAACUGAACCAGCCCUUUGCCCAAUUCCUUUCCAAUAAUUCUGAUAGCUUCCUGGCCCCCCUUGGGCACUACCACCCACCACACUCUGCUCUAGGCCACCCCUUUGCCCCUGACAUGAAGCUAUACAUUUGCUGACACCUCCAUGCUUCUUUAUGGAGAAAAACCUUAAAGACACAUAAACUUCAAAAAUCACUUAAAAAUCAGCCCUUCGCCCAAUUCCUUUCCAAUAAUUCUGAUAGCUUCCUUGCCUCCCUUGGGAACUACCACACUCCACUCUAGGACACCCCUUUCUCCCCGACGUGAAGCUAUACAUUUGCUGCACUCCUCAUUAUUCUCUAUGAGGAAUUCCAAAAUAAUUUUAAAAUUCACCAAUAAUCAGAGGAGUGUAUGUUUGCCUUGGAACUUUGUGGAUAGUAGGCACCCCUGGUUGUCUACCACCCACCCCACUUUUGUGCUCCUAGGUGCUCCACAAUAGGGGAAAUGGGCUGGUUCAGGUCCCAUUAUACCCUAUGAGAAAAAUAAUUAAAAAUAUUUCAAAUAUUCAUAAAAAAUCAUAGGGGUGUCCAAUUGCUUUGGGGUUUGCGUGGUUGUUGGCACCCAUGGGUGCUCCACAAUAGGGAAUAAUGGGAUGGUUCGAGUCCCAUUAUACCCUAUGAGGAAAAAAUAAUAAUAAUUUUCAAAAAUUUAUAAAAAAUCGUACGAGUGUCCGAUUGCUUUGGGGUUUGGGUGGCAGGUACCCCUGGGUGCCAGCUACCAUCCUACCAAGUUUUGGAUGUCCAAACCGGUUCGAAUUCGAACCGAACAAGGGGGAGGUUCAAGCAAAACCAAAACCAAACCACCCCCUCCUGGUUCUAACCUGGUUCGAAUUCGAACUGAACUGGGCAAACCGGUUUUGUGCACAUCCCUAGCCCUAUUCAGACAUUAACAUAACACGCAUACAAUCUAGCACUAUUCAUAUGUUAUAUUCCACACUUGUACAAGUGUACACAGGUACACGUCUCUACGCAGGGACAAUUAUUCAUAUGUUAUAUUGAACACAGGUACAGCAGUGUGCUCCCUAUAUGUACCAUACAUUUGAGGGGCUUGUACCCAGGUUCAUUUUAAAAAUGCAUGCAGGUUCAGCCCUUCGCACAAAGUCAUGUAUGAGUGUACAGACAUCUGUACACUUGUACAGCAUAAUGUCUGAAUAAGAUUUCUGUGUACACAGGUGCAGUUAUUCACAUGUUACAUUGAACACAGGUACACUUAUCUGUACCCUGCAUUUUGAGGGAGCCUGUAUCCACUUUUAAAAUAAAUGCAGGAACAUUGCACAUUAUGUACAGAAUGUACACAAAACAUGUACAUUAUGUACAGACAUCGAACACAGCUACAACAUAAUGUCUGAAUAGGACUAAUUCAGAGUUAUGUCUGAUUAUGAUCGGUUUUAACCAGAAUUUGCAAACUGGCUUUAGAGUCUGGUUGUAAACUUGUGUGUGAAGCUAAUCAUGGUUAGCUUUCAGUAUGACACUGCGCCAUGGUUAGGUCCGAAAAGAAAAGGCAGAGGCAAAGUCUCACAAGGGGGAUGGUGCAAGAUUACGUGAGUGAAUCUGCGGCUUCAGGUGUAGGCAACCUUGGGGCUCCAGGUGUUGCUGAAUUGCAAUUCCCAUCAUCUCCAGCCACAAUAAAUUGUGGCUGCGGAUGAAGGGGAGUUGUAGUUCAACCACAGCUGGGGAGCCAAGCUCUGAUUUCUUAACCAUGGCCUGAUCUCUUAGCCAUGGUUAGGAGCUGAGAAAUGCCUUGGCUGUGCCAACCUGCGGGAGGACAUCCGCUCUGCCAGGCUGCUUUCUCCUUCCAUGCCUUGCUGAAUGUGCCCUUCAAGGAUGCCAAGAUCAAGACAUUCAAGGCAGCUGGCAGGCGGUAUAGUCGCAGAGGGGCAGAAUCCUGACAGUGCAGUGAGGCAGGCAACCAGGGGAUUGAGAGGGAGACAGAGGGAAGAAAAGGGAGUUUAGUUGGCUGGUUGCAACCACACCAGCCAACCCCAGAGCCAGUAGCUGGGGUGAGGGUGCAGUGGACUGUCCUGGCCAUGAAUGGGGUCUAUGGGACACGAGGAGUGGUGGUGGAACCAGCUGGAGGCAGGCAAACCUGGAAUCCUAGAACCUCAGCUAUUUCCAGGCUGGUAACUUGUUCCAAGAAGGAUCUGAGCUCAACUAAGCCCUUGUAUUAGGGUUCUUCGUUGCAAGUCCCUGGAGCCAGUGGCAGUUUCCAUCGACCUGAAGUACGGCUCCCUAACUGUUUAUUGAGCCUAUGGGAAGCUGAAGUUGAAGCUGGGCAACCCGCACAGCCCGCCUGUGGCACCAUGUAGAGGCAGCUGUUACCACUGUGCAGUUGUGCACUUGGUCCAGCUCUUUUAAGGGGCUCUUUUAAGGGAAGUGGGGCCCUCUGGACACCCAGCACCAUCUCGGAAAGCACUUGCAGAGCCCUGGGAAGUGUAGUCCUUCCCAGCACUCUCUCCAUGGAAUCCUAUGGGGAAAGUUGUGCUGGUGAGGACUACACUUCCCAACACUGCAGGCCUUCCAAGAUGGUGCUGGGGACACCAUCGGCAGGACUCCGUUUUUCUUAAAGCCUUCCCGCUGCCAGCAGCGGGGCAAGUGCAGCACUGCACAGAGGUCAGUGUGGUGGAGAAUGUCUUUCACACGGAAGAUUUUUUGCCCAAGUGGCACCUGCUUGAGAAACAGUAAAGAUGGCUGCCAUAGAUGCUCCCUGAGCCUGAAUCCCAGGCUCCACCCUCUGAAGAGUAGAGAGCUUUAAAGGGAUGGUGCCCCUGGCCCAAACCUAGUUCUUGGUUGCCUCUUUGUCAAUGUCUUGUUGGCAAGCACAUCUUGGGAGGAUGAGGCCCCAGUACAGAGGGAACCAAACUUUCAGAGGAAUCUGGUUCAGGGUAUGCUGGCUCUGGGAGUCUUCGCCCAGGAUUGUCAGGCCUGAGGACCGUUUGGCUGGCAGGGGGCUCCAGCCUGGUGCUGGGGCCUGCGUGUGGGUCUAACGCUUGUGCCCCUGGCCCUCAUGAUCUAGCUAGCUCCUGCCCUUCUGUGUCAGUCUUUUUCUGAACUGUUUAUUUUUGUUUCUUGAAACUUGUAGUUUGUCUUAUCAAACUCCCAACAAGAAGAUUAAAGAGGAAAAUAAAACAUGAGCCAUACCAUUGCAAGUGGAGUGACUGUUUAUUGAUUCACUCAUUUUGAAUUUAUUUUUUUAAGAGGUUCAGUGGGGGAUUCAGG